UGCCCCAUCAUUGGUGUCAGUGGGGGGUGGAAUAGUGCCCCAUCGUUGUUGGUGUCAGUGGGGGGGGAAGGAAUAGUGCCCCAUCGUUGGUGUCAGUGGGGGGGGAGGAAUAGUGCCCCAUCAUUGGUGUCAGUGGGGGGGGAGGAAUAGUGCCCCAUCGUUGGUGUCAGUGGGGGGGAAUAGUGCCCCAU